AUGAAUAAACCAAGAAAAGAUGACAUGCAACAAUGUGCUAUUGAUUUAACAAUUGAAGCUAUGAAUAAGUAUUCUUCAUAUGAUGAAAUAGCUGGAUAUGUGACGAAAAACAUCACCACCAAGUAUCCUGGGAAUUGGCAUUGUAAAGUUGGAGUGUCAUUUGGAAGCUUCGAUGCAUGUGAUUUUGAAUUCUGUUUCCGGUAUUUCAUUGAAAAUUUGGCUAUUAUCCUGUACAAAUCAAAUUAA